AUGAAGGGCCCUUGCCUCCUUCCACUCAUCAUCCGACUUUUUCCCCUUCGUUCUCCCUUCUGUUUCCCCCCUCUUCACCGCAACUGGCAUCAACAUCAGCAGCAGGUCAAAACCAUCUGCUACCUCUCCCCUUUCGCCUCACCCCUUUCCUCCCACCGCACCACACAUACCCCUCCACAGACCAUGAGCGGCAUCGACAUCACGAGGAGCCUGGAGGACGUGGCAGGGGACGGCAACGACGGGGAGUCAGACGACCAUGUGGUGCGCCUCAAGUUCAAAGACGACAACCACACACGCGACUGGGAAGGCGGCCUCUGCCAGUGCUGGUUCCACGACACCCUCCCGCUCUGCGCCAUCACCGCAGUCCUCCCCUGUAUCACCUUCGCGAGGAUUGUGAAUCGCGCCCGGCUAGGUGACGGGGUUAGAGCCGGCGUGCAGUUCCUGGUGCUGUUUCUCCUCGUGGGGUUUGUUACUUUUUUCUUUCAGAUUGUCGGGGGAGGGUGGCGGGAUGCGGAAGGGAAGCUUCAGAUUUCCGGCUGGGCGUUGUUCCUGCAGAGUGUGGCGAUGUGGGGUGCGAUCAUCGGGUUUUCGUUCUGGCUCGGGAAGUGGCGCGCGGACGUUCGGCGGAGGCUCGGGAUCCGAGGCUCGGGAGCGGAGGAUUUCUGCGUGAUGUUUUGCUGUACCAGCUGCUCUCUAUGUCAGCAAUCCCGCACUAUAGAUGCUGUUAUGGCUUCUGGCUUGAGCGGAAGUGGAGGAGGGGUGAGAGGCGAGGCUAUUGGGGGCGGGGAUGAGGAAGCAGGGGCAGCAGGUGAGGGAGGGGGUGCAUGGGAAGGAGGCUUGCAAGGGAACGACUGGGGAGGGUCGUGGGGAGGGCACGGGGUAUGGGAGAGGGUUAGGAACUGGUGCGGAGGCAAUGGCGGGUGGAGAGGAGCAGGGUGGGGUAGCAUGGGGACGGGGAGUGAGAGGGUGGGUAGUGGUGCAGGGAGCAGUGGGAGAGGGGCAGGGGAGGUGGAGAUGGGGGAGGGGGAGGAGGAGAUGAAGACGGGAGGGUUGGUGCUGUUCUCCAUGCCGGCCAGAUGGCAACCCACCACGUCAGCAUGGCACCCCACCACCACUGACGUGGAGAUUUGA